GGGAACUAAGCGACAGGUUCGCCCUUGUAAACAUGGCCGACUGACUUGUGUCUUAUUUUGUAAAGGAAGGCGACAAGGAUCCCGUACAACAAUGCCUGUAGGCCCAAUACAGUGACAUGGAUGGAAUGCAAAUAAGGAUCCUGGAAAUUGGCGACGAGUGAAAUGUGAUCUUGACCAAGAUACAGUGCUGUGAUGAAUGAGUGACAUUUCAGUAGCAGACUAUGAUAAUGAUGAAAACGUGCGCAAGAAAAUGCCAAAGGUCUUUGCAUAUGUAGUGAUAUAUGCUUGCAGUAAACAAUAUACUGUAUGAUAACUAAUUAGAAAAUAUUCAGUGUAUAAUUCAAAUUAAGCUUUGUGUUAUGGGAAAUUGGAAGUAAAAAUAUUUUUCUUGGUAAAUGUACCUGAAAAACCGGCUAAAAAAAGCAACCACCACCACCUGCAGUCUACAAAUAUGCAGUGAGUUGAAAAUGUCUUAAAUUCACCCCUGAGGGAUCCAGAAAUAGUCGUCUCAAGAAUGUCUUCGUUUCUGAGAUGCUGCUUUAAACAUGAGCGGCUCUCGGAUGUCGUGGAGGCGGUGGCUAUCAAGUGCCCAGAUGCUGCAUGUUGUUGCGGGUGCUGUUCGGCCUUCCGGCCACGCUACAAGAGGCUGGUGGACAACAUCUUCCCUGCCGUACCUGAGGAUGGAUUGGUUAAAUCAAAUAUGGAUAAGCUUAUGUGGUAUGCAAUGAACUCUCCAGACAAGCUGGAUCGCAUAGGAGAUUACCUAGCACAUCGUCUGUAUCGGGACAUUAAUAGAAGAAAGACGGGCUAUGUCAUCAUCUCUAUGGAUGCUCUUGAUCAGCUGCUGGUUUCAUGCCAUGCCAACACCCUUAACCUGUUUGUGGAGUCCUUCUUACAAAUGGUGCAGAAACUACUCGAAUCAACCGAACCGACACUGCAGCUCCGUGCUACUCAGUCAUUUGAAAAAUUUGCAAAUAUUCGAGAGGAUACACCCUCGUAUCAUCGUCGAUACGAUUUCCUAGUCAGCAAGUUCUCUUCGAUGUGCUACUCAAACGAAGAUGAUGAAGUUAUUAGAAAGCAACUACGUCUUGCAGGAAUUAAAGGUCUUCAAGGUGUUGUUCGUAAGACAGAUUGGGACAACCUUGGAGAAAACAUCUGGCUGCCAACACACAUGGAGAAGAUUGUUCCCUCUCUCCUUUACAACAUGCAGGGAAAUGAAUCAUAUAUUGAAGGCAUGACGCAGACUGGUGAUGCCCCCGACACCCACCAGACGGAGGGUGAGAGACAACCCCACGAGUUAGCGGAGAUGUGCCUCAGGGAACUGGUCUCGCGAGCCACUUACGGCAAGAUACACAAUGUGGUGAAGCCGCUGCUAAUCCACCUGGAUCAUGAAGGAUUGUGGGUUAACAAUUGCUUUGCCGUUCAGGUGUUCAAGAUUCUUAUGUUCUCUAUACAGGUGCAGUACAGUAUAACGGUGAUUGAACUGAUCAUGGCUCACCUCAACGAGAAGAGCUCUGAACCGGCUCAGAUUCGCACAGGCAUUGCCGAUGUGUUGUCCAAAAUCAUCCCCAUUGCAGCUGGAGAAUGCAUUGGUCCGUCUGUUAUUGAAAUUAUCAACUCUUUGUUGGAGCACAUCCGAUCAUCGGUUGUGGGCGGGACAAGCGGGAAGGAAGGAUCGGCUGAGAAGAUCUACCAGGAAACACUCAUCCAUGCCUUAGGAGAGUAUGCCAACCACCUUCCUGACUAUCAGAAGAUUGACUCGAUGGUGUUUAUUCUCAACAAGGUUCCCGGCAGUGAUAGAGUGGAUGACGGAGGGUCGACAAGGCCAGAGGCAGAGGUCAAGCUGCAGCACCUCCUCCUCAAGUCAUUACUCAAGGUUGGUACCAAGUACACAACAGAGCAGUACUCGAAGACCUUUGCCCCAUCAUUCUUGGUCCGUCUGAUGAGGUUGUCGGUGUCGAGUGACCCAGAAGUGCGUCUUACUGUGCAACAGAUCUUGCACACACUUAUUGACAGACACCAAAAUAUUGAGAAGCUCACCAAACCCACUCUGGAGGUGACCCGCCUGGGACUCACACUAGGAAAACCUGUGCGGCAAGAUGUGAACUUCUGGAAGAAAUCUGGCAAUGAGCUUUUGCUGUCGAUCCAGGAGAAUUGCGAGUUUGCCAACAACACGCUGGCCAACAUAGAGGCCCUGUAUGCCACCCUGAUGCUCCUUCUGACAGAGAUCCGCUGCGAUGAUGUCAUCGUUGACAUCCUCAGGGUUCUGUUCCACAUACAGGGCAUGGCACAGGGAGGAGCAGUAAGUGCGGUGGCAGCAAUACAGCUGCACACGCUGGUGGCCUCCGUCAUGAUGGUCAUCUCUCACCUGGUGGCCACCCUCAAGGAUCAUGUUUCUGCAGUUAUCAAACAAAGGUCAGACAAGGCCCCACAUCUGUUGCCAGAGCUGUUGUCUCACUACGACUCCAACUUGCCCCACAGUAGCUUGCCGGAGGAGCUCUUGUUUGAUCACGCUAAAGUUCUCCAUCUUCUCACUGGCACCAACCUGGAUGAGAAGCGUCUGAAUGCCAGCGUCUCGAGCAUCAUGAGGCGGCAUUCUACAGCACAGAACACCUCAUCUGCCAUGGAUAUUAACUCUAUCAGUGUUGAGGUGGACAGUGCCUGCUCCUCUCCAGGACUUCCUAGGCGAACACUGGAAGAAGAAAUCACUUUUGAAUCCCUGAAGAAGGUGCUGACGGAAAGUCCCGAGCAGAAGAGGAAGGCGGAGGAGGAACGACGCAGGCAGAUCACAGAGGCCUUUAUGACCGAGUCUUUUGAAGCCCUGGUGGCCAAGAUUCAGGCUAAGCAACCAGAUAUUCUUCAAAACAAACUCACCGAGAUCUUCAACCGGCUUCCUCCCUCCUGCCCACCAGCACAGCCAACCACAGCCAUGUCGUGUGACACUGCUGCUGGACUCGCCUCAACAUCUUCAAAUUAUCAAUUGCCAUAUCCCGAUAUAUAUAUCUACUGAAGCUCGGAGGUAACAUUCUUCCCUCAAAGUUCUAUUGCUUUCAAGAAAGGGAGUACUUGUACAAAUUUUCAAACACAGAUAUUUGUGAUAUAAUUUAGGACAAUGUUAGGAAGGCCUCUAAAUGGAUAUGCAACAUUUGAUUACGGAUAGUCAUUUGAGCAUAGUUUUGAGAAGCUAUGUGGUGCAGUCUGUUGCCGUGCCCUCUCUCCUCGUCUCUGUGUUGUUCUAGUUAAGGAAAACUGGUGCAUGGGGUGUAAAUGUGAGUUCAUAAAGUAAAAUGCAGACCUUGGGAGAAGAACUAAAUGCCCGUAGGUGUUGGUCAACAACUCUAAUUCUCUCUGAAGACAGUACAGAGAUCAAAGUCAUGCAUGUCUUAAUAUAUAUUCAGCUUUACUUUUUUUUUUUUAAUAUUACAUGCAUGUUGUUUUAGAAAGAAUAUACCACACAAUAAUGGUAACUUUUUAACUUGAAAAUUCAUGCAUUCAAUUAUCAAAGUGUCAUUUCUGAUAUAUCUUACAAAGCUGUUUUGUUUUUUUUCUCCCGAUGUGUGUGGUUUAUUUCUCAGUGAUGUGGAAAGAAUGUUCUGGUACAAUACAUUUGAUGAUGUGUUUUUUAAUCAGUAGUAUACACAAGUUAGGUGCUGCCGACAGCAUACAUCUCAACAUACAACCCGUCCUCCUGUUUAGAUAAUACUUUUUGUAACUAUUUUGACCAUUGUACGUACAUAGACGUAAUGAACAAUUAGAUAGUAGAAUUUGGUUCUAUUCACCUCAUAGUCAGGAAAAAAUAAAGGUUAAAACCAAACUUAAAUGCAGGUGAUGAGUCACAAUAAUGUGGCUAAAGUAUGUUGACCAGACCACACACUAGAAAGUGAAGGGAUGACAACGUUUCGGUCCGUCCUGGACCAUUCUCAAGUCGAUCAACUUGAGAAUGGUCCAGGACGGACCGAAACAUCAUCGUCCCUUCACUUUCUAGUGUGUGGUCUGGUCAACCAUACUUAAAUAUUCCUAGGCCUAAUGUAGCACAUGUAUGUACUCUUUUAGGCCCUCAGAUGUAUUAGGCCUAGAAAGGUGAGGUUAGGUUAAGUUUUCUUUGCAACAUCAGUACAAAAACUUUUCUGGUUUGUCCAAAUUCAAUAGUACUGAUUUUUACUUUCUAAUUGCCUUUUAUGUCAAUAUAUAAAAUGUACAAUGGUCGUCGUCAUUACUAUAAGAACUACCUAAAACAGGUGGAUGGGCUGCAACAUAACUUAAGUAUACAGUAAUUAAAAGGAAUAAUGUUAUGUGUUGUAAUGUAGAAAUGUGAUAUGCUCUUCUAUACCUCCAAAACUUUUCUAUAAAAGUGACAUGUGAAGUUGAAAUAUUGUACACAUUCCAAAAACUUGUUCUCUCUCUCUCUCUCUCUCCAGCUGGUUUACAUUAACAGUAUCCAAACAACAUGUGAGUUACAGCCAAUAUGCUGACUAGUGGAAGACUUGGUCAAAUGAAAUACAGGCAGUUUGCACCUGCUUAUGAUGUAGGAAUUUGUAAUCAAAUAAAAACUCAGACUAGUCACUGUUUCCUAGUGAUGACUGACUAUAAAUACAACAGGAAAAAACAUAAUCACAUCUUGUCUAGCUUUUAAAAAAUACGUUACUCAUUGCAAACCAGAUUUAUUCAGCAUUUGACAUGUAUACCUGAUCAACCAAGCUGUGACUCGUAUGUCAGGCUGUGAGCAAUUGCAUCAAACAGCCUGGUUGAUCAGACCGGCAACCAAGUAGCCUGGUCAGAGACUGGGCCACAGGGACAGUCAUCCUUGAACUCUCCAACAGGUUGUCGUGUAGUUAUCUACCGAAUUGCUGGUGAAAAUUUUAUCGACUGCUUAAAUUGCAGUAGAAUAAUUACUUAACUGAUUAAAAAUUUGAUUUGCUGAAAUGGAUCAUAUUUUACAUAUUUUACAAAUGGAUUUUAUUUUACAUUGCUUACACAGUGAGAGAUGAAUUGUGGUUCCCUAUACUUGCCCAGCCAGACCUCCACCCUCAAAAAUACUAACUUGCCAUUACCUUGCAAUGAUUUUGGGGCUCAAUGUUCCUGCGGCAUGAUCCUCGACCAGGCCUCCUCCUCCUCCUCCUACUAAAUGACAUAUGUACAGUACUACAAUCCCCUAAUAUAAAUGUGCACGCACUUACAUCGUUCUAAUUUAGAUGAGAACAAAUACAGUUUCAUGUAACAUUUUUGAUGGAUAGUAAUUUGUUACAGCAAUAAGAAAAAAUGAAGCUAUGCAGAAUGAAGGGACGUGUUUUUUACGUGUAGGGCGGGCCUCAGAGGCACGCAUCUUUAUUAGUAUUUUGUGAUAUGAUUGGUUAAGAUAGCAACUGUGAUUAUCAUAAAAAUUUAGAAGAGUUAAAGAGUUUAUCUUAGUUAUACAAAAGUCGUUAUUGCCAUUAAGUUCAUAGUGUGAUACUGUACUGUGAAUAUGUGUACGUUUCUCAGUUUUCCUUGUAAAAGUUUCCAUGUGUGAGAUAUUACAAUGUUCAUCUAUAUCUCCUAUCAUAAUUUUUACGUGAAUUCUCUAUCCACAUUCAUUAGUUGUGUACCAUUCAGUAGCUAAGUGUACUAUUCAGUGGCUAAGUGUACUGUUGUACAACUCAGUUGGUGCCUUUCUAUCAAAUGUUAAAAAAGUUAAAUGUUUAUCUUCUCAAGUGAGUGUAAGAACUUUAUCAUUAAAAAAACUAAUUCUAGUCAUUUUCCUAUUUUAGCUUCCCAAUUUUUGAUCAAAUAUUUUUAGAUCAUGAAAUUUAAAACAAAAAAUCACUCGGUCAGAUUCACUGACUAUCUGGGUUGUAAUAGAAAUAGUGUACUGUACAAUAUAUAACUUAUUGUGACUAGUGAGAAGAUGAAUCCUGGUGAUGACAUCCGUGUUUUUGUCGUAUCACUCGUAUCUCAAGAUUGAAAGGAAAGUAUGAUAGUGUAAACAAUGACCAAUUAAUUAAAGAUAGAUUAAUUUGAAUAUAGGUUACUGUACUCACCUAGUUGUGCUUGCAGGGAUUGAGCUUCAGCUCAUUGGUCCUGCCUCUUAACUGUCAAUCUACUGGUGUACAGAUUCCUUAGUUUUUAGAGCUUUAUCAUAUUUACAUUUGAAACUGUGUAUGGAGUCGGCCUCCACCACAUCACUUUUUAAUGCAUUCCAUUUACUGACUACUACUCCCCCCCUACUCCCACUACACAGUAGUGGGGCGUAGGGGGGAAGAUUACAUUUAGUGAUGUGGGAGUUUUGCACCACAAAUUUGUUACACAAAAUCAGUCGACCAAAAGUAUAAGAGUUUGACAGUGCCUCACCGAAGUACUGUGAGCGACCAAAUUAAACAAAUUCUAGGCGAUGCCAUGCACAGUUAAAAUGUGCCAUGCAGGAUAAUAACAUAUCAUUACCUAAAAUAAUGGUUGCAUUCCUCCUGUGCAACACUGGUUAAAGAUAACAUGGUACUCUGUUAGAAAUUGAGUCCCAGUACAGUGCUGUAAUUCACAAUGGUGAUUUAUGGGGUGUGAGCAAAUAGCACGGUAUUACAGGAAGUGUUCUAGUAAAAAUGCUGUGUAGGAAUGCUUAACAGCCUGGGAAGGGUACUUUUUUUUAAUUUUGAGGAUAACUUUCAGUGAAUGUAGCAACAGUAAUAAGUAAAUGGAUUACAGAAUCAGAGUUUUAAAAUUUCUGAAAAUGCAGCCAUAAUUUUACAAAAUCCCUACAGUUUGAUUACUGGGUGUAUGAGGAAAGUCUAUUAAUAUUAAGUUUGGGAGUGGUUGGCAUUAAUCAUUCCUAAGUUGAAAAGGUUAGACACCUAAACAACUAAUCUGAAAAUUAAAUGAGUUGAUGAUGGUCCAGGACACAUUGAAAUGUUGUAAAUUAUGGUAUUUUCAGAUUUGUGGAUUGGGGUGUCUAGUUUUCAGCCCUAUUAUUGUGACUUAUUGUCUGCUUUUGAAGAGUUGUAUAUAGAUAAUUUAGAUUUACUGAUCAAUAGCAAAAUCAAUUUGUGUCUAGUAGAAAUUAAAUCAAGCUGUAAUUUCAUUAAAGAGCUAGAUGUUAAAUUUGCAAGAAAUUUGUUAAAAUAUUAUAAAUUUUUAAACUUUACAUUUAUUGGCACAUUAAAGACGUCUUGUGUUACUGGAAAAUAUUUUUUUAUUUUCUUUCUUUGUCUUUUUUACAAAGGUGGAUACAGGAACAGAUGUCUUCUGACUCCUGUUAGCAAGCUGAGAGCUUUCCCUUUGCAUAGCUUAUGAUACCUUGCCUUGAUUCCAGGGGUCAACAUCCACAUGGCCCAGUGUCUAACCAGGCCUCCUGGAUGGUGAUCUGGUCAACCAGGCUAUUUGACAUGGCUGCUUGCAGUCUGACGUAUGAAUCACAGCUUGGUUGAUUAGGUAUAUCAGGUAAGCCUUUACCAUUAGUUUUCCUGAAACACGACCUGCCAAUCUGUUAAUGCCCAAUUACAGCUGGGUGAACAGAGGCGAACAGUUAGGGAUUGGCACCUGGUCAAUCUUCCGUGGACAGAACUUUGGCCAGGGAGUCCUAGCCUCGGACUAGAUUCACUCGCUACAUUGGACUCGCCACGAGUGGGGCAAGUGUGUCACAACUGAACCGUUUUAACCCCUUAAACUGCUAAGCUAUUUAAAAGUCCUACAUACAAGUGUACAGGGAGAAAAAAUAUGUAUUGAAAACUCAUAAGGAGCAACUGCAUAUUUUGCUAUUGAGUACAGGAGGAAAUCACAGAUAUAUGCAACUGGAGCAGUGUAAGGGUUAAGUAAAGUCUUCAUGUUUUUCAACCUUGUCUUGCCAGCAAUAUUGUAACUGGUCUUCACUAAAUCAUCAGCAGGACUAGGAAUAUGUUAUGUUUGCCUGUUUCCAUAAACAAUAUUUGUUAUUAGAAAGUACAGUAGUAGGUUAAGUUUUAUCAAAGAAAACUUUUUAAGGUAAGGAUUCAUGAAUUUCCAAGUAAUAUAAAGAAACAAAGGUAUAAUACUGUUGUUAUUAGUAGUGCUACUGUAUUAAAGUUCAAGUAUUUUUAUUGAAACAAUAAAAUACAUCUCUAAGGGAUAGAGUAGCUUAGGCUAUUUCAACCCUCCUACUACUGUAUUGGUAUGUCAAUAAAUGCACUCGCUGUCUUUCUACCAGCACUAAUCUCAAUGUUUAUUAAACCAUAUUUUAAAACUUGUCAUUUUCUUCUUAUUCAGUAACACACAAGACCGUUUAAGUUACAAAUCUCCGAGUAACAUGUGCAUGAGACUACCAAAUGAUCGGUAUUUGAAGGAGCUGGCACAUUCUUGUGGAAGAUAAACAUUUUCUCUAACCAAACAGUGUCAUUUAUCCAUUUAUGCUGUCUGUAAGAUAUUAAAGUAAGAUCCUAUUAUAACAAACCCUCUGUAUCUUGUAUAAAUAUAGUCAUACAUUUUAAAAUUGUGUAUCAACUGUAAGACUGUUCAUUGAAAAAUCUAUAGUUUUGGGUAAAAAAUGUGGGUCCUUACUGUCUUUGUCAGUGUUUAAAAAUCUGUGUAUACGGCUUGGUCUGGGUAUAGUGUGUGUUCUUUUAAGUGUAUAUGCAUACAGAGUCUUUAGAUAUUGUACAGUUGCCAAAUAACUGCCGCAUCUUUACAAUGUACUGAAUAUUGUACAAUAAAUCAGAAUUAAAAUGAAA